UUCUUCUUUUUGCUUCUUGGGUUUGUUUGUUGUUCGUUUGAAUUGUUAGUGCUUAGUUAAGUGCUGGUUUGCUAGCGUGGCGUUGGGGUCGUGAGGGGUUGUGUAUAUGGCGAGAUGGACAGACAGACAGAUGGUUGCUCGUUGAUGUGCGGGAGGAGAGUACAUACAUACAUGCAUAGGUGGGACAGCGUGCUCUAUCGGAUCCAGUCACUCAGUCACUCAGUCACUCAGUCAGCUAUACAUGCAUGCGUGCAUACAUAUAUACCUACAGCACCAACACCACCAAAACCCAAGCCAUAACCACCCAUGCACAGCCAUCUAAACCGCCACCAACCAC